GUCUGUGUGUAUACAUAUGCACAAAGGAAUUUCGUACGUUCCAGCUUUUGAGUUUGAGUUUGCCUCUGCUCUACUAGAACGCGUACAUACCUCGCUUCGACCAUUCAUCAAUACAACCACGAUCAUGACAGCCAGCUCUUUGGACGAGCAGAAUGGAAGGUCAAGUGCGGUUGACGCGCCACAGCAGCACUUCGAAAUGCCGAAGCAGGAUGCUGGAUCACCGCGUCACGAAGUGGAUUUCAAACACCAGAAGAAUGAAGUUCAAGCUGUGAAGGCAAAUACAGAGACACUCCUCCCGCCAGAGUCGCCGCGACAGGAGAGAAGGUCCAGCACGAAAGCAGAACCGCAAAAGCCGGAGGGGGGUAAUGGAAAACCGCAACCGAAAAUUAGUACCUCCGGCGCGACUUCGAAAAAGCCCUCAAACAUCAACUCGGACAACAUCGACCUGUCCAUCCAGCCCCUUCUCGGCUCCUUCUACAGCGACAAAAAAGACGCGCAGGUGGGCCGCUUGCUGGAAACGAUAGAGGAGCGGGAGCAAUGGAUCAGGGAAAAUCAGCCGUGGACGGAAAUCCCGUCCGAAAACAUCUACUUCGAAAACUUAGACUCCAAAGUGAACGUGCAGAUCGUGAUUCCAGAAGUGGAAGCAGUUCGUCCCAUUUCCGAUCAACAAAUUGUCGUGUGGUUCUCGGAGCGCAGCAUGGAGGUGCGAAUCGAAGGGAGGCGGAGUAAGAACGCGACUGCUGCUGCUGAAGGACAACCACAAGCGGAAGAACGACAAGCUACGGGGAGUGGCGCUGCAACAUCUUCUACUUCCAAGAACUACGUUUUCCUCUGUCGGGAACUGUGGGGGCACAUCGACCCGGGGAAGUCGAGCUGGAAGCUGCGGAACGGGAAAAAGUUGAAGAUUGUCUUGAUCAAAGGCCAGACAGGCAGGAGCAUGGACAAAUGGGAAAAGUUAAGGAGGUUGUGAUGAGAUGAAAGCAAGGAUCAUCAAACCGGCAGCAUCAUGUCCUCGCAGUGGGUUCCGCGUUUUUUGUUCGAAUUCCGUGAUCAUAAGUAGUUGCAAAUAACGACAACGAAAACGAACAUGAUCUACGAGAAGUAGAUCGAGAUCAUGUGAACAGGGUUUCUUGAGCAACUACUACCCACGGUGGUUUUGGUGGUCAACCGAUCAACGGGCGGUCGUGGCCCACUUUAGUUCAUCGCGCCGAUCAGAUGAUGCAGUUUUUUUUAUCUUCUGUAGCAUACAGAGGCAGCUUCAAUUGCUUUUUUUGCGGUGGAGAUGGUCUUGCGACAUCCACAGUGAUCCUCCUCGCCGUGCAGGAGGAGAGACCUACACAACAUCUUCUAAGAAAUACUUGCUCGUUUCAAAGAAGAGCGAUGUCUCUUACAAAAGAUAAUGCGAAAUUGUAAACUAGAAUUUCUG